GUUGCUGUAUAACUGGUUAAUAAACAAAAGAACUCGGAAGGUAAGAGCUGCACAAAAAGUUUUCUGGGUAAUGGACUGAAGUAGUUUCCUUAUGUGAGGAGGUGUUGAGUUACAGCAGGACGAAUGAGAGCUGGGUGGAGAGAAAAAAACAUCUGAUCUGCAACCUUUCCCUUCUCGUAGGGCAACGUGUAUAAUAGUUAAACAAGAAAAGCAAUGGGAAUAUAACGUGGAACUUCUACUUGUUGUUUCUUCAGUGACCUAACGCCUGUGUUUACAGUAGAUGAAAUGAAAUGCUGCUGGAUUAAUCAUGAAAAGCUGAGGAGACGCAGAUGCCCCGCUGUAAAAUGCCACGCAGGCAACGACUGACAGGCAGCAGGAUCUGAGGUUUCCCCUGGAUCACUAGUCAGACGUGUUCCAGGGAGCGGGGACUGCUGGCUCACUAAGGUAAGAGGCCCAGGGGGGGCAAGCACAAUAAAGAAGACAAAAAGACUUUUAAAGAUGAACAAGAUCCGGAAGCUUUUCCGAGGUAGUGGGAGAGCUCUCGCGUUUAUAUUUGUUGCCUCUGUCAUUUGGUUGAUCUUUGACAUGGCAGCACUCAAGCUUUCAUUCAGUGAGAUCAACACCAAGGUUCUGAAAGAUGAGAUGAUCAGGAGGGAAAGGGAAAGAUUCAAAGUUUGGCGAAACUUAGAAAAGACCCCUGAAAGCUCCAGAAGGGAACCAAAACCUCCCCCGAAAGGCUUUGAAAGGGGGAGAUUUAGUAAAGAGAAAUAUAGAAAUAUAGAAGAGAAAGUGGUAGAGGCUGAAAAUGAAAUUGACAAACAGAAUGAAAAGAGAACAGCAAAACCAACAGAAAAGAGAAGCAUGGCCUAUAAGAAAAUGAUUGUGCCACUUGGGACAUUCUCAGUGAAACUGCUGAGCCCCUAUCCCUCUGUUCCCAUGGAAAAGAAAGAGAGAAAAAAGCAUGUAAAGAUUGUAAACUCCACUGACCUGCUGAGAACAAAGCAAACUGUUCCCAAAAGGCUUCAGCAGACCCCAUUAGCUGCAGCAACAGGGAGAUCGGUUGUCAAAUUACCACACAGCACAGCUACUGUAAGAAACAAAGUUGCACAGAAAGAGGACCAACCUGUAACUAAGGUAUCAAAGGGCAUUGAGGGAAAUUUAAAAAUUGGGAUUACAGAGAAAAUCUCUUUGGCUGGAUUAAAACAGGAAUUGCAAACGGAGGCAAACCCCAAGGAACCUCAGAACAAACCCCCAGUACCAGAUUUGCCAAUUCCUAGGCAAAUCAUCUCUGUAAAGCAAAACAGGAUCGGGAUGAAAGCAAUAGAUGGCACCGAACACAAAACAAACAGGAGUUUGGAUGUACCUGUCAGCAAGCUGGCUGCUGCAAACAGUGCCGAGAAAAAGGGAUUGUCCACAAAGCCAACAGGACUGGGAAAGAUGCCAAAGGAAGACGAAACAAAAGCUGCUCAUGAAAAGAAACUAACUUUCUCUGAAAAUCAGUUUGUCAUUAUUAGUAAAGAAGGGAUAAAAAUCAACAUCCCAGCAACCCAGAAUCUGGUAGCUGAUUCUAACGGAAAUUUUACAAUAAGAUUGAACAUGAGAAAAGAACAGCAAUUGAUUAGCAACAAAAGUGAGGAUGCCCCUAACAUGAACUCUGUAACCAAGACUGCUGAGCUUAAUGGUCUAACUAAGAAAGCAAUUUUGACAGAUGGUCCAGAGCUAACAAAAGUUCACGUCAGGUUAGAUGAUAAGGAGCAAUUAAGGAAAAGAAAUCGAAGCAGCUAUACGGUCCACUUUACAAGGGACACUGGAAUGCACAAAGUCUUAACAAUUGAUGUAACACUUUCCCCAAGGGAUCCCAAAGCUCCCGGUCAGUUUGGGCAUCCUGCUGCAGUCCCUGAUGAUAAGCAAGAAGAGGCAAAAAGUAGAUGGAAGGAAGGAAACUUCAAUGUCUAUCUGAGUGAUUUGAUACCUGUAGACCGAGCCAUUGAUGACACAAGGCCUGCCGGGUGUUCAGAACAACUGGUUCACAAUGACCUUCCAACUACCACGAUUAUCAUAUGUUUUGUGGAUGAAGUGUGGUCCACUCUUCUACGCUCCGUUCACAGUGUCCUCAAUCGAUCUCCUCCUCACCUGAUUAAAGAGAUUAUUCUGGUGGAUGACUUCAGCACAAAAGAAUACCUCAAGGAUAGCUUGGACAAAUAUAUGUCACAGUUUCCAAAGGUUCGGCUCCUUCACCUCAAAGAAAGACACGGUUUAAUACGAGCCAGACUAGCAGGGGCAGAGAUUGCUAAAGGUGAUGUAUUGACAUUCUUAGAUUCUCAUGUGGAAUGUAAUGUAGGAUGGUUGGAACCACUUCUGGAAAGAGUCCGUUUAAACAGAAAGAAAGUAGCAUGCCCAGUUAUUGAAGUAAUCAGUGACAAGGACAUGAGUUACAUGACAGUGGAUAACUUUCAGCGUGGGAUUUUUACCUGGCCAAUGAAUUUUGGAUGGAGGCAGAUUCCUCCAGAGGUCAUUGAGAAAGAUAAAAUCAAGGAAACAGAUAUAAUAAGGUGUCCCGUAAUGGCAGGUGGAUUAUUUUCUAUUGAUAAGAAGUAUUUUUUUGAACUUGGAACGUAUGAUCCUGGUCUGGAUGUUUGGGGAGGUGAAAAUAUGGAACUUUCGUUCAAGGUCUGGAUGUGUGGAGGAGAAAUUGAGAUCAUCCCAUGCUCCAGAGUUGGACAUAUUUUCAGGAAUGACAACCCGUACUCCUUCCCUAAAGACCGGAUAAAAACAGUGGAGCGGAAUUUGGCACGUGUUGCCGAGGUCUGGUUAGAUGAGUACAAAGAAUUGUUCUAUGGACAUGGUUACCACUUAAUCCAGAAAAACCUGGAUGUUGGAGACUUGACUCAACAAAUAGAACUGCGGAAGAAGCUUAAGUGCAAAAACUUCAAGUGGUAUCUGGAGAACAUCUACCCAGACCUGGAAGCUCCUCUUGUUAAAGCCAGUGGGCUGAUUGUUAACAUAGCUAUGGCUAGAUGCAUUACUGUGGAAAACUCCACUCUGGCCUUUGAGACUUGUAACAUUAGCAACAAGAACCAGAAGUUCAACUAUACUUGGCUGAGACUAAUAAAACAUGGGGACCUCUGCGUAGCACCAGUAGAUGCAAAGAGAACACUGGGCCUGUACCCUUGCGAUAACAGAAACAAUAGCCUGAAAUGGUUGCAUAAAUCAUUGGUGGCCUUUCAACCAGAACUGAUGGAUCACAUGGUUUUAGAACACCUUCAGCAGCCAACAUGUUUGGAAGUGGAUCAGUCUCACAAAAUCCUGAGGGUUAAUGCCUGUGAUGCCUCAAAUCCUUAUCAGAAAUGGCAGUUUGGCAAUUAUUAUGCUGACUGAAGAGAACACGAUCAAAACAGAAGCAGAGAAUUCAAAUCGUGUGAAUUCAAGAAUGACAUCUGUGAGACUUGUGACAGCAAUUACAAAAUUGGAGGUUCAUUUCCUAAUGGUAAUUUAAAUCCAUCAUUUUAAAUCACCAUAUUGAGAGAUCAAAAUAUCAAGCAACAGCACAUCUGGUUUGAUAUGGUUUAAAACAUUCAGGCAUAUUUUCCACUUGCUGUGGAGCACUUGGGGAAGGUUGAAUGAAAGUUUUUUCAGUAAGUGGAAAUACUUUCUAAAGUUCCUCAUUCCUACCUUGAGCAGACCUUCACUGACUGGCUUCAGAGAGAUUAAUGCAAGCUACCAGAAAUAGUUCCAGGGUUCAAUCCCUAUGACUGCACAUAGCAUCUUGUGCUGCUGUUUGGAAGAUCCACAUUUGCUCAUUUAUCCCUCCACAAGCCAACAAAAUGAAAGUACCUAGGCCCAGUACCUAAAAAUCCAUCCAGGAUCACAGGAAUCUGCUCCUACCAAAUUGGAUUCACUGAUUCUGAAAGGUAGGUGCCUGGAGCCACUUUUGAAUCUUGGUUUCCCAUGACAAAAGCCCAUCUUUAAUCACAAAAAAUAUAAAUCUUUCAGCACUUCUAACCUAGCAGCAGGCAAGGCCCUAUAAGUGCUGUAUUUGCAUACAGGCAUCGUGAAUUUGCUACCUUGGUUUGACCUCCUGCUUCCUAGAUGGGCAAGGAGUGGUUAGGCUGCAAAGCAGUGGAAUGUGCCUUAUCUAGCACUACAGCUAACCCUCUGGGCCAGUGCAAGAACAGUAUGAAUGCAGGAGACUUUAAAGAGACUCUCCAUUCAGCCCUUCUCAGCUGGAAAGAAGUGCCUCAGCACAGAGCCAUGAAAAGGGAAAAUAAACCAAAGGGUGUGGGAACCGUGUUGUGAUGGGGGUGAAGCUCCUCAGAAAGGGCCUGCUUAACCUGAAAAAAAGAGACCUGCAGGGACUUGCUUCUCACUACUAGUGAAUCCAAGAUGGCAGCCACACACUGUUGGGCAUGAUUUCAUGGUUCCUGGGUUGGCCACAUGUUAUGCGAUAGUACUGUAUACGCAUUCAAUGCAAAGCAAACCAGAAAAGCUUAAAUAAUGUUAAACUUUUAACACAAGGGGACAAAAGCUGAGAAACUCUGAGUCUAUGUUAAUUGCCUGUUCCUUUCUCAUGCCACUAUGGGAAAAAUGGAAUCUUUGUUUUUCUUAGAAUAGAAAAUGAUCUGUCAUGGAAGCUUUGAAUGUUUUUGUACCUAAGAUAUCUCCUUCUGCUCCUCCAGAUGAAUGAGAAGGUGGGCAGUUGUUAAAAGUAUGUAAUAGCAGAUUAGGCUUUUGCUGAAUACAUUCCUGUCUGUUGACUAUAGACAUCCAUAUAUUUUUUUAAAUCCAUUUGAUUGGCUGAACUGUAGCUGGUCUGUGAUGCAAACACAUAGCUAGGGCACUUCGGCACUUCACUGGAGGAGCCGUGCACUGGUGGGAGCAGAGUGGCGGUGGCAGUUGUGUACCAGGUAGAAGCGAGGACAAGGAUGUCUCAGGGUGGGCAGAACACAGCAUGUGCACUAGCUGACUGCAGAGGGGAGACGUCUCCUAACUGACUUUGCCCACUUGAAGCCCCAGCAUUUCGGAUGGCAUAAUAGCUGGUGCUAUCUCCUUCUGCUCCCCUCAGCACUAAAUAGUUCCUACCUUGCUGCUAGUAGGGAGAGAGGAUGGAAGUGACUCCCUGUGUCUGCUUAUGCCCCAGUGCAACCAUAUAGCAGAGGGCAGAAGCUAGCCUUGGUAUUGUAUCGAUUAAUGAUAAAGAGCAUGUGAUGUUACACUUUGACGGGCAAAGCAGUUGUGAUAAGAAUUGGCUAAAACGUUUGCUUUCUACAAACCAAGCUUUAACCUUUUGGAAAGUGUAGGAUUGGUUUACUAAAAGAGCACCCCCAGCAGGGCUUUGGAGCCCCUCUCAUAGCCUCACCAUCCAACUCCUUUCUGAUGGAUCUCUUUGCCUGGCCUACGCUAGCACCUAUCCACAGUCCUUCAACUCCCCUCUUAUCCUCUUAUGACUACCCAUUACCUCCUUCAAACGACCACCGGCUAUGCUGACCAGUUCAAUAGGCAUGGCAGGGUCAUGAGCCUUUGGACUGGCUAAUACCACUAGCAGCAGUAGCUCCUUGCAGGCCCUGUGCCCAGCUGAACACAUGGACUCGUACCCUCCUGAGUCCCUUGUACACUCCCCCAGAGCCAGAGCACAGUCGAGCCUUAUAUUUGUUAUUUUGCUUUGCAGUCUCUUCACUGGAAAGCAACCAAAGGGAACACUGAUAAAAGUUGCUCCCAGAGAAAGAGUAUAAUGGUGGCUCUUUGCUCCGAUCUGCCCUUUUUGUGUAUAUAGAACCGCCAGACUUGAUUUAGAAUAUUCAUAGGAGGGGGAGACGGCGAGUAGGAGCUCCACAUGUCCAGGAACAGGAGUUAUUCUGUGCAUGAAGCUAGGGUAGAAGCUCUGAGUGAAGAUCCACCCUGCAGAAUUGAAGGCAAAAUUGUCCUCUAAGACUAUGUGUCCCAUAUUUCCAUUUCAGACUUUCCAGAUAAGUUUUAACCUAUGAACAUAGAAGCUGAGGACACGUAAGUGCUGACCCUUCUCUCAUGAAGAGUUGAUUUGGAAGAUGGGUUUCCACGUUUACUCUCUUAGAUCAAAGUGCUACAAUUGUUAAGUCAGUGGGGCAUAUAGGGCUAGAUUCUCCCCUGCAUCUGAACUCCACCCAACACAGAGGAAUUGGGGGAGCUGUUAGGGAGCAAGUUAGAGCCCCUGAAUCUGGCCUGAUCCUAGCCAGUCUGCAAUGGCUCAGCUCAGGGGCAGGUCUGAUUUACAUCUCUGACCUAGGAUCCCUAGGGGACCCUACACCAGUGGAGGAUUUGUUCAGUGCCGCAGACCUCUGCUAGCCUCCUUAUCCACCCCAAAUACUCCCUUGUGCCAUGGGUGGGAGGCUGAUGCAGGAGCCGGCUCUGCCAGCUUUAUUGCAGCAGAGAGUUUCCUUACACCAGGGGAAUUCUUCACUGGCUGUUUGCAGCCAGAAUCUAGCCCAUAAUAUUCAAAUCCCCAUUAAAGUAACUAAGAGUUUUGUCUGAAAAAGGGCUGCAGAAUUUAGUGCUUCCUGUUCUUGACCUUAUUCAUGUAUCUCACAUGGAAGAUAGAAUUAGAUGUAGUGCAGUAAAAAUGAGAACUCACCUUUACUCUUACAGUUAUUUGGAAUCAAUACACUCAGUUGACAAAACUCAACAUACUGAAUACCCCUAUGAAUUCAUCCUCAUGUACAUUUUUCAUACUGUGAAACUUUUUAAAAGAUCUUUUAUGUCUGUUGUAUGGGAAGGGGGGAAUCGUACUGGAAUAACUGUCAUCAUUUAGGGAAAGAACAUUUAGUUACUUUUUUGAUAGGGUCAAAUUCAGCUGCGACAUGAUAUCUACAUCCAGGGUAUCGUAAUGUUUUGCACAUGGGACUUUCUUCUCAAGCUUUUUAUUAUGCCUUUUCCAUAUUUUUGUUAUGUUUUGUGACAAACUGGAGACUCGUGUAAGUGUGAAUGGUCCAUAAUAGAAAUGUAAUUCUUACAUUUCUUGGCCAUUGCCUUGUAUGUUGAAAAAUUGGUUUAUCCAAAUACGAGCACAUUGCCUUAUUUCUCUACAUACAUAGGACUGAACUUUCAACUCCGUUCGUAUCUUGUUGUUCAUGACAGCCAAGCCUUCGCCAUCUCUAAUGUUUACAGGCGGUUACACAAUAACUCGUCUUUUCUCUUUGAUUUUUCAAAAGGACCUCUGUAUAAUUUUACCUUUCACAUCAAGGUGCAACACUGACAGUAUUUGACAGGCUGAGCCUGCCAAAAUAUUGAUUUGCCUAACAGACUUUCACAGUUGGCUUCUAUCCUAACUGUCUUCCUGAUUUUUUCCCCUUUCGUAAUACAACUAGCCUGCAGUCACUAUCAGAAAAAUUACACAGAUGUUGUUUGUGCAGUCAUGUUUUAUCAGGAGCAUGAAUUUCAUUAAAUUCUGCUUGCUGACAUUCAAUCAUUUGUCACUUAACAUGCACCAAAUGGUCAUAUGUCAUGGUCACUUCACAUUUCCAGUCUUGUCACUUGUACUGUUAUUCCUGAUUUGUGUAAAUGUUCACUUCAGUGUUGGUAUCUCUUACUUAACGUCUCUAGCAUGUCCCUAGGGACUACUGGUAAUAAUACUGUUGCUGUUCUGUUACACAAUAUUAAGAAACACUUAGAUUAUACCAAUCAACGUUGUCUGAGAACAUUUUUCUGGCAUACUCAGUAAAUAUUCAAAGAAGAAGCCUGCAUAUGUUUUUCUUGGUUUCAUGGAACCACUCACAAUUAUAUUUGUCCAAGAGGGCCUUCUAGAGCCCACGAGACAGUGAAGAACACCUUUAUCCCUGCUCACCCAUUGACAUUCCCAUGUAAGAGACCAGAUUACCAUUACCACCUCCAGCGUCCUUAGUUCACAGAUGCAAAUGCAAAUCACUUCUAAUUAGAAAAAUGUGAGACCAUUUACUAGAAUGAGCCUUACUCCCUUUGGCAACUCUUCUACAAGCGUGCAUAUGUUACCAGCACUUCGGUAGCCAUGAGUGCCUCUGACUUGCUUGGCUGGGAUACAGACAGAUGAUAAUCAUGCUCAUCUUUUCAAAAAUAAAAUAAACAAUUUUAACACUUUCCAGUGAUGUCAUUCACAACCUGAGUACCAAACACUGCACUCUGAUACCUUUUGUGUCUUUGAAUCAUAGACAUUAGAGAUGCACAAGACCUCUUAAAUCAUAUUCCAUCCCCAGCCUGUCGAUCAGGGAUUAUCAUCUAUUAUACAUAUAUUAGAGCUUUGAUCCAGGCUGUAGUCAUUUAAGGGUAGAAAUUAGCACAGUCUCAUUCCUAUGAGGAUGAUGAAAAAGGACGAAAACACUGAAGUUCACAUCAAUCUUUUCCAGAGAUUUUGCCAAAGACAGCAAAAAUUAGGAUCACUCCAAAACAAUAGAAAUAUUUACCUACAUCAUCUAACUUUUCUAAUGAGUCAUAAAAGAUGCUACACUAGAAGCUUGGGACCAGAGCUUUGGGACCAAGUGUUUGGCACUUGGGAAGGUAGGUGCUGCAAAGGCUGUUGGCAAACUUGGUAAGUCCUUGAUUCUUGAGCCGCUGCAUGUUGGUCCAGUCCUCAGGAGCAACUUACUGCAGCAACAGCCCUGUUCAAAGCAAUAACAGCCACCAACAGGUCAUUCCAGCAGCCAGGGAAUGCCAAACCACAGUAGUGCUUGUCAUUCCUCCUUUACCCCCUGGCCAACUGCCCUAUGAUGGAAUCCCCGAUUAGCCAGUUAGGGUAUGUCUACACUGCAACCAAGAGGUGUGAUUGCAGCAUGUAUAGGCAGACCUAAACUAGCUUUGAUCAAGCCAGCUCACUAAAAAUAGCAUUGAAUCUGUGGCAACACAAGUGGAGGUCCCAUGCAGGAUUGUACUUGGGCUGGCAGGCUGUGGUGACACCAUGUCUACAGUGCUAUUUUGAAUAAGCUUGCUUGAUCAAACCUAGGUUGGGUGUGCCUAUACCUGCUGCAAUCGCAUUACCCCAUUGCAGUGUAACGAUACUUUUAAAUCAAGUUUAGGCCUGCUUUGGGAAUGUGAGCUGUGCAAACCAGCCAUCCAGCAGUGGCCAGAAUCUGAUCCUUGGUCAUUGUCCACUUGCAGCUCAACUGUUUAAUUUGUAUUACAAAUGGUGCUAGGUACUUUUUAUGUUUUAAGCGAUGAAUUGUCCUAUGUAGGUAUCAUUCCACGUAUAACUGCUCUUCCUGAACUUAACUCUUUUAUUUUAGUUUCCAUUUGUACCUAUUCAAAACAUUGAGAUUAUUUCUGACUAAAAGCAUUUUUUGUGAAUUUUAAAUAUGUACCCAGGGACACUAUGCAAUGUAAAUAUCUCAAAUGUAAAAGAAAUUUUAAGAGUGGUAGCUUUGUUCAUUACUAUGUGGAUGAGAAAGGUGUACAUGUUUUUAAAAUGUGAACAAAUGUCUUUUAUAAAAUGUGAUUUAUGGGGAGUUUUAACAGUCUGUAAGAUAACAGGCCUUUACCAUGUUAAUUUAUGUAAGUAGUCUGGAUCCAGGAGGCUGAAGUUGAAAACCUGGUUUGAUUUGUAUUUAAAAAAAAGUUAGAAAACAUGGAAAUAAAGGACUGUACAUGA